UCCUUCUGGACACAAAGAGAGAGAGAGAGAGAGAGAGAAAGAGAGAGAGAGAGAGAGAGAGAGAGAGAGAGAGAGAGAGAGAGAAUGCGGAGCAAGUCUUCGGUUACGGCUCAUCAAGUAUCAGGUCCGAGAAUAGGACCUGGAACAAGUGGAGGUGUAGAUUAUGAACCUUGGUCACUGGAGUUUGACGAUGUCUUCCCUCAAGUUUGUCCCAUGCUUUCGCAGUGUCCUGGCAGCAGCACUCAUUCUGGCCUUGAGUACGCUAGUCUGCAUGGUCCAGGGAACGAACCUGGUACUACUCUUGAUGCAGGUGCAGACAAUCGGAAUGGCGACGGUCAAUCUGACUUUUUUUAUUCAAGUUAUGAUAUGGGGAUAUCGGAGAUCGAUUGCACUUACCCAGACCUUGUCAACAUCCUAUCCCUUGGCAAGUUAACGUGUAGGGAGGAGGAGGAGGAGGAGGAGGAGGAGGUAGAAAAGGAACUGAGGAUUCUCGAAAGUCCCAUCAUGGUGCUAUUUGCGGACGAAGAGAAGAGGGAGGGAGGAGGGAGAAAGGAGGAUGAGGAUGAGGAGGAGGUUACGGCGGCUGUGACCGGGAUCGUUCCAGGAUUUCCGUUGUCGUCAACAGCGCAUGUUACGUCGAACAGCAUGCUGGACAACGGAGCAGCGAGAGCACCAAACGCGAAUGCAGCAGAUGGAGAGAACGCGGAGGAUCUGCGGGAGAGAAAAGGGAGGGAGGAGUGUCCGGUCAUUAUGCUAUUUGCGGACGAAGAGAAGAGGGAGGGUGGUGGGAGUAAGGAGAAGGAGGAGGUGACCGCGGCUGCGACCGGGAUCGAUCCAAGAUUUCCGUUGUCGUCAACGGCGUAUGAUACGUCGAACAGCAUGGUUGAGAAUGGAGCAACGAGAGCACAUGACGCGAAUGCAGCAGUGCCGGCAGAGAGAGAGAAUACGGAGGGUAUCCAGGAGAGAGAAGGGAGGGAGGAGGUGACAUUGGGUGUCCAUAGUCCGUCGGACAGAGAGGUGGAUACUGAAGCGGGGAGCGAGAGGGGGGACGGCCAGGGAAGCAUGAUCGGCUGCCACGUGGUGCCGAUAAUUGUUCUCGAGGAGGAAAGGGAGGUGGAGGUGGAGGAAGAGGAGGAGGAGGAGGAGGAGGAGGAGGAGGAGGAGGGAGGGGGUAACAUUCUUAGGUGGAAAACGAAGGGGGCAAAUAUGAGCGAAGGUGGGAAGGAGAGCAAUAAGGAGGAGGAGGAGGAGGAGGAGGAGGAGGAGGAGGAGGGAGUCCAGGAGGAGAUGAUGUCCCUGAGCACGGUUACGUCGUCGAGAACAUAUAAUCUGUCGAGCAGCGAGGAGGAGGAGAAAAAAGGGUGUGAGGGGUCUGAGGACAGGGAGGGGGAGAAGAAGUUGUUGAUGCUAAGCGUAUCUUCGGACGGAUACGAGAGGAAUGAAGAGAGCAAAGCAGGGGAAGGAAAGGAAACUCAGGAGAGGACUCUUACUUGUCCCGCGGUACCUGUUCUGGAAGAAAAGAAGAAACGAGAUUGGGAACAGAAGGCACGGGAGGACGAAGCGGAUACAGCGAAGAUCGAAAAUAGGCUGAGUAAAUGUCGCAUGGCGUCUAUGGUAAGCCAGUCAUUGGACUCGUCGCAUAAACAAGAGAAAGGAGAGGAGGAUAGGGAGGGGGAGGAGGAUGGGGAGGUCGGGGAGGGGGGGGAGGAUGGGAAGGAUGGGGAGGGGGAGAAGAAGAAAGAUGCGCAAAAGGAGGCGGCGAAGGUGGUGCGAGUUGGAGAAAGAACGAACGAGGAGGAGGAGGAGGAGGAGUGGAUGUCAAGAUGUCCCAUGCUGCAGGCUGUAAUUGGUGAUUGCCCAGAAGGGCCAGAACAAUGGGCGGAAAGUGAGGAGAGGAAGCAGAGCGUGGGUGAUUCGGGGAAGGGGAUAAGAUACGCAAUGCUGCCGGACAUAGAACCUUUGCCAAGUCGGAACGAGGAGAGGAAGGGAAGUGUCUGCGAGGAGGAGGAGGAGGAGGUGCAGGUCCCUCUGCAGGAGGUCGGGGAAGCCGAGCGUUGCGUGCCAAACUAUCCCACAAUGGUGGCUCAAAGCCGGAUUGUGGACGAUGUCGCAGAGAGGCAACACGGUGUGCAUCCUUCGAAGGCGGAGGGGAAGGAGGGGGAGGAGGAGAAAGGGAGGGGGUGUGGGAAGGAGGGGGAGGAUGGCGAGGAGGGGGAGGAAGAAAAGGUGGGAAGCGCUGAGAAACAUCUAAUAAUGCCCGGUCUGAGCGAGAGGUUGGGGGUAAAGGAGGACAAGCAGGGGACAGAAGAACGGAAGGAGAGGAUGGGGGCGAAGGUGGAUAGGCAGGAGGAAGAAUGGGAGGAGGAGGACGAGAGGGAAGAGUCAGUUUGGCAGUCCCUUACGGAAGGGUUGGAGGAUAAGACAGUCAGCCCCCUGACGUUUCCCAUGCCAUCGCUUCCAGGCGAUACGUCGCUCCCAAGUUUGCACGAGCUAUCGGUUGGUAAGGAGGACAAGGAGGAGGACAAGGAGGAGGAAAAGGAGGAGGACAAGGCAGGAGAGAAGGAGAAGACAGUCAGCCCACUGAAGUUUCCCAUGCCGUCGCUUCGAGGCCAUACGUCCGUUCAAGAUUUGCACCAACGAUGGUCACUAGGCAAAGAGGAAAAGGAGGAGGAAAAGGUGGAAAAGGAGGAGGAGGAGGAGGAGGAGGAGAAGGAGGAGGAGGAGAAGAAGGGGAAGGAGGAGAAAGAGGGAGAAGAGAAGGAGAAAGUAGAGUUGAUUUCGUGGGAGUCUCUGGCAGAUCAGCACAGCUAUUGUUAUAAUCAUGACUACCAGCUUCGGGCUCACUAUCCUUCCUUCGAGAUGGUCGCAUUGGUCGGUGGUUCGAUUCUCGAUGCAGACGCCGAUGAUGCUGGUUAUGAGUCUUAUGAUGAUGGGUCGGUUUUGCAAUCGUCAGCUAUUUUUAGCCACACAAGUGGCACAAUCGUGACAUUGUCGGAUGAAGAUCGUGGGCCUCCUGUGGAGGCGGAGGGCCUCCUGAAGGACCAGCAAACUAUUCAUGAUUAUCUCGAUUCGACCACAUUUGAUAUGACGUCCACGAACGUACCCGGGAUUGGUUUCGGGCCUUACGGGGCGGGGUUGGAGAUUUCGUACAGUGACUGUCUGGGUCCGUUAGUAAACCCACCGACGGCGACGUCUGCUAACGGUCACAAACGGUCUGAGAACUCGUCCGCUGUGGUGCUUUCUGAACAAUCUGAACCAACUGGCAGGGCGAGCACGAUCUGCUCCGAGGUGACGGCUAAUCUGGUCCAUUUUCAUCCAGCUUGUAGUGGAGACUCUGGAGAGCCCCAGGCUCGAGCGCUGAACUGGUCGCUAAGCAGACCAGAUCCUCCUGUGAAUUGUCAUCCAGCUGAUGGCUGUGACAAGCAGACCUGCUCCACGUACUUGUCCGAUCUUGAGCAUUGUCAAGCAACAACUAGCAGGAGUGCGGAGCCUCGGAGCUGGACCUCGUCCAGAACAGCAGCAGCAGGUCUGGUUCAUUGCCAAUCAUCAUCGACAAGAGAGGGACUGAGUCACACCAGGUUCAAGGACACGGGGGGAUUGGGUUUAGGUCGUUGUCGGACAUCUGCCCAAAGCGCUGAGGACUCUGAGGAGCAUGGCAGCCCGAAUGUGUCCAGCAGAGGUAUUGCAGACGUGGUCCGUUCUAAGACCUCUGAUGAGGACCAGAAGCAGUGGAAGACAUGGGCCUGGCCCGGAAACCUGUCCGAUCUGUGUGAUGGCCCGUCGUCAGAUUCGCCACACGCGGAGUGUUCGAGUCCCACUUGGAUGUCGGCUAGAGCCUUGGCAGAGCUGCUCUGCUGUGACUCAGCAGCUGUUGCACAGUGUCAGCCUGAGAAAUUGGCAUGCCCCACCUACAAGUUCGAUCAAAGUUGCAGUCAGCUGAGUGAGGAGGUCUACUAUUUCCACAAGGACCAGAACAGCUCUCCUGGUUCAUGGGCGAUGUUUACUCAUCGCGAUGGUCUGCAGUCUGCACCAGGUCCGUACCAGCUUGGAUAUCACAGUGACACGUGUGAUGAAGUUCUGUACCAGGUUGCAGUGCCUUCUCGAGAUCGAGUCCCAGGUGCUGGUCUGCAGUCUGGACCAGGUCCGUACCAGCUUGGACAUCACAAUGACACGUGGCUUGGACAUCACAGUGACACGUGUGAUCAAGUUCUGUACCAGGUUGCGGUGCCUUCUCCAGAUCGACCCCCAGGUGCUGGUCUGCAGUCUGGACCAGGUCCGUACCAGCUUGGAUAUCCUGGUGAGAUGUGUCAUCGAGGUCCGUACCAGGUUGCAGUGCCUUCUCCAGAUCGGUCCCCAGGUGCAGGGGUGGUACCUCCUCAAGGAGCAUUGUGGCCUGCAGCCCCCUCCUCCUCCCAGCCACAGGACGUCUGUUGGUCCAACCAUGCCAAUCUUCCGAUAACAACGAGGAAUGACUCAGAAUCCUUGACUAUUGUUCUCAGUAGAGCAAUGAAUUGCGCUUCGAGGGACUGCAGUGAACUCUCAUUUCCGUUGACGGCAUUGCCAUGCUAUGCCACCCUUGCUGCUGCUGCUACUUCAGUUGCAAUACCCCCUCCGAGGCAAAACUACGGCACACAUCCUGACCAUUCCCAGACCAGAACUCAUUUACCAUUGACAGCAACGGAAAUCCAUGAGGAGGUGGGUAGAUCACAACGGUCUUGUACUUUGUCUUAUUUGACCCCGAGCGAUUGCAGUGCAGGCACCACAAGUCUAAGUGUUGACGUCACAACCACAAGUGCAAGAGGUACAGAUAGUGUUGACGUCACAGCUGCAAAUGCCAGAGGUACAAAUAGUGUUGACGUCACAGCUCAGACAGCUGCAAAUUUAAAAGGUACAAUUAGUGUUGACGUCACGACUGUGAAUGCAAGAGGUACAAAAAGUGUUGACGUCAGUCACGUCACGGCUGCAAAUGCCAGAGUCACAGAUAGUGUUGAAGUCACAGCUGCAAGCUCAAAAGGGACAAAUAGUGUUGGCUUCAGGACUGUGAAUGCGAGAGGUACAGAAUCUACAGAUGGUGUUGAGCUCACAGCUGCCAGUUCGAGACUGGGACUAGGUUGUGCGGGACCUGAGCAGUUUGUCGUGCCGGGACCGGACACUGCGGCCGGUUCCGGUCAGGAGCCGCUGAAGGAAUGUCUUUCUCUAGAGCAGCCACAGGAGGACUCGGGUUCCACCUUCAAGCAUGACUGGAGCUCUUCAUUAGAUCCUACAGGUUCUCUCUUCAUUCCCAACGGCUGGAACUUAGGUGAUACUUCUCACCUGAAUGACAAGUGGGACAACAUGAGUGACAAGUGGGACCACAUCAGUGACAAGUGGGACAACAUGAGUGCCAUGCUUGAGAUGCAGCAGCUGCAGCUACAGGUUGAUGAACAGGUGUCUGCACAAGGUCGUGACAUGGACGACGAUGAGGAUCUCUCUGUCUUCGUCUCGUCCUUGUUAGAAGAUUACGAGAAUGAACUUGGACAGCAAGAAUGCCAAGAAAAUCGUUUUCUCGACUUCCAGUCAAUUAGGCCAGGCACUCACGAGGGCCAUGACUCUAUUAUCGCUGCAACCUCCGAGCUGUCAGAGCUGGCAUUGCGAACUCACGCGUAUUUUGACAGUCGAGACAACCGUCCCAAUUAUGGCGAUGUUGAUCGCAUCCCCUUAUCCCUUGCCGCUGACCUGGCGUUGUCAGAGGCCCUAUUAUCACCAAACUGUCAGAGAGUUCCCAAUACCAGCCCAAAUCCCAGUCCCAUUCCCAUUCCCAUUCCCAAUUCCAGUUCCAGUUGUAGUCCCCAAGAUAGUGUCUGUGGAGCAAGUCUCUGGCCCAAUAGCAGGUCCAUCCUCAGCACCACUUGUGUUCCCGAUGAUCCCGAUCCCGAUCCCAAACCUGAUCCUGUCCUUGAUCCCAAGCCCAGCCAUGGUUCUGAUCGCAGUCUGACUCCCACUCUUGAUCCAAAACGGCACCCGAGGGGGUUGAGCCCUAAUCCCAGACCCAUUCCCAAGCAGACACAGAGUCUCAAUGCCAGCCGAAGAGGAAGUUUGACACCAACUAUGGGACCGUGUGGCAAGUCUGCUAUUGGUAGCUUUAAUCAUUCCAACCCCAGCUUUACUCUUGAUCCUGGCUCCGUUUUGGAACCCGACUUGUGUCCCAAUCCCAAUGGCUAUCCUGGAAUCACGUCCAAUGGCAGUUCCUAUUCUGUCCCUGGUCCCAUCACUGGGUCCAAGGCCAGUUCAGGUUCCAACCCACGGCUUAGAGCCUUUUCAAGGUCCAUUCCCAGUUCCAUUCCUGGUCCAAUAUCUGGUCCGAAAGUGAGUCCCAGUCCUAGCGGUACUCUUGAACCUAAGUUCGGGGGGCGUACUCACCGUGUUGGCUGUUUCGAUCCCAACCCUUUCAGCCCAGGGCCUGCUCAGUCCCACGCUUCUCUCUGUUCUCAGACUGCUGGCACGAGCUCCAUCCAAAAGGACGUUAAUGUCAUUAGCGCACCCCAGACUGUGAAGCCGGAGGUGGGAUGGUGCAGAGAAGGCAGCCAUGUGAUCCACGGUAAUGGGGUGAUUGGUACCCCCGAUAGACUCGGUGCAGUGGAGUUGAGCGGCACUGUGCAAAGGUGGAGACACUGUAGAGGGACCACGGGUACCCGCAAGCGGAAAGUUGAAGUCCAAGACCAGUACUUCUGGGCGCGAGCCAUCUGCAAGGUCCUUGCAGAUACGCCUCCAGUAUCGGCUAGCUGGGGUGUGGACCAGCAAGAGGGAGAGAGGGCCCCAAUCGAGCAUGACACCCAGGCCCAGGCCGCCCAGCAGCAGUCACCAAUUGGAGGCUGUGAGGUUGGAGAUGGUGGCAGCACUGGCAGGGAGUCCAAGUUCAAUGAACUGGAUCUGAGGCAAGCGGAGACAGUGAAGGGGACAACGAGGAGAGGAAGAGGAGGCAAGCGCACUAAAAGUAUGCAGAGCCGAAGCGACGUCGAUGGCCUGGAAUCUAGCAAUCCAAAGAAAAUGCCCCAAGUCUCAGUGCAGGCAACUUACCUAAAACUUAACUAUGGUUUGGGACCAACUGAGAGUGGUGAGAGGGUUAAGGGGAGAAAGACACGAAAACCACGUCAAUGUAGCGGUAAGAGAAUAAACUUCAAGGAUGCGCACGACAAGAACAAAGGAAAUACGAGUGUCAUGCGACAAUGUUCAGGAGUGAGUGUCCCGUCGGACCCAUCCGCUUGUCGACAAUUUAGAGAAAAACCUCUUCCAGGAGUGAGUGUGCCAUUCACUUGUCGACGAUUUCGACCAGAACCUCUUCCUCGCCAAGCUUGUGGGAUAUCUAUGGAACGUCGAUCAGCAGCCCCACAUGACGGACCUGGACCUCGUCUCGAUUUCCAACGAGAAAGUGUUUCUGUUGGAACAGAACCUCUUCCUUGCCAAGCUUGCGGGACAUUGUUGGGAUCUCUAUCAGCAGCCCCACAUGAUGGACCUGGUCUAGAAGUUCAACGAGAGCAUGUUUUUGCUGAAGUAUCUGGUCCACCAUCUGGUCCAGAAUUUGAUCCAGGCGCCGUCCGUGCCGACGCAUCCAGUCCAUGUCAGGAACAUGGGGUGACUGUGCACAUCGGCAGAGAGGGCAGGCACAAGAAGACGAGCUUGCACGGGGCCGCCGCUAAGGUUUGGUGUAUCUGCCAAAGGACAUCGUCUCUAGAGUCUGGUGUGCAUCCUGAGCUGAACCCAGCUACUUGUGGACGUUCUGAUCAGACUGAUCCUGAGCCUGAGGGUGAUGUUUUGGAUGAAAUGGUAGCAGAGGCCUCUGGGAGGACCCAGGUCUGUGGACCUUCCGAUGAGCAAACUGGGAGUAAACCAGGUCCGGAAACUGUGCCAGCACCUGGUUCAAACCGCGAUAAACAAGUCGAGCAGCAGCAGAGCGACAACCUUCCUUCUCCUCCUCCUCCUCAGGCAGCACUCCUUGUUGCCCGCGGUUCGAACCCGCCGAAGGAGCUACUGCCAGAUGCGCGCCAAGCUGCGCACGCUGAUAAUGUUGACGUCAACGCUGCGUUUAGCAAGCAGAUCAUCGUGCCGGAGCCCGAAGCGUCGGUUUGUUCUGCUGCCGUCCAGCAGCAGCUUGACAACGCCAACCGCGGAAGCAGCAGCACCAGCCGCUCAGGGCAGCAGCUUACCUCGACCUCCUCCAGGCCCUACUGUGGUGCAUCAUCAGCGACGCCGGACUCACGUUCGCAAGAAGACACAGGUCACACAGCAGCAGCAGCUCCGCGUCCCGCCGCCGUUGAUGUUCAAACCGAUCCCGACACAUCCGUUGUUGCUGACGUGGCGAACAUAAAAAAUGUGGAUAAGCUUCUGAUGGCGACGGCCUUAAGCAACCGGUUCACGGGAUCCCAACCAAGAUGCUGCGACCUGAGCUCGGUCUCGACCGGUGCAAGGAGACACGACGAGGGUGAAGCUGGCGUGAGGGAAAAGGAGUUACCCGCGAGGAAGAGCAGUGGCGUCACUGGCGUGUCAGUGACCGGGACCCCGGCGUGCACGUCGGAUCUUACGUGUGCAACACUCGCAUCUGCCAGCGCAGGUACCGCAGCGUGCGGCUCCGCUGCAGUCGCCGCAGAGAUCGGGACCUCCGCGUCGAUAAUCGCCGGGGAACAGGCACCACCUCGUGGCAGACUUAACGACGGGCAAGACGAGGAUCGAGAAGGUCCUCCUAGUACUAGCGUCUUCCCCCGAUCUCAACGCACCCUCAUCAUGGACGAGUACAAGCUCUUGUCUCUCGUUGGACAGCAACACAGGGUCUCAGCGCACCACUCGCCAAAAGCCACAAAUCUUUUGAAUGAACCUCGACGACGUGCAAGUCCAGAUACAUUCAAAAUGUUAACGUUUGGCGAGUGGUGCGGCGAGGCGGACAGUCAUGAUGAGCUUGUGCUGUGUUCGGGCGAAGACGGCUUAGACGGUCGUCCACUGAUCUCCAAUCGGAACCAGUCAGCGUUGACCGAAGAGGGGGAGGAGGAGGAGGAGGAGGAGGAGGAGAAGCUUACUGCUCAUCAAACUGCAGGAAAAGCUGACUUGGACGCUCAUUACGGGGGAGCUCUUGCAGAGGCAGGUGAUUUCAACGUGAGGAAACUGCAUGCCUCUCGUGGAUCUGGCUACGGCGUGACGAGCAAGACCGACAGUAAAGCGCAUCACCAUGAUCGUGAUCAAGGUCAUGACGAUGAUGACGGAGCCCUCGAAGAAGAUGUUGACGUCCACUUGAAAUCCCAUCGCCACGGUGUACCGCGCGAAUGGGUUGACGUCAGCUUGAAAACGCCGCAUAACCAUGCAACCAACCCAGGUUCGAACGAUGCACCGCCUGGUUCUGCCUGUGAGUGGAGUGGACGUGGUGACCGUGGCAGCGAGUGUCGGGAUAGCGGAAAGACCCUAGAGGGCAGGGAAACGGACAUGUUGAACAGACUGAGCACGUUAGGUCUUCCAGCAAGCACGUCGUUUUCACAGCCGACGUCGAAUCUUGUGACAUCGGCUGUUUCCACAUUUUCACAUCCCGUCCUGGUCGAGCUUCCACCCUGUCCCUCGGCUCUUCACGGAUUGAAGAGCGGUGGAGAUGCUGUCGAAAUGAAGUCCCACAGCGAAGAGAAUGACAGGACUAACAGGAGGUGGGAGGGUAGGACCAACAACAACAUCAACAACAACAACAACAACAACAACAACAACAACAACAACAACAACAACAACAACUGCAGCAGCAGUAGCAGCAACAAGAACAACACUGGCGAGACCUCGUUAGUGUGGUCAAUCGCAUGUGAAACUACCGGCACAGGAGAUGUGGUCACGUGUGCAAGGACGAGAGAAAGUGGCGGUUUGGGAGAGGCAGAGUGUGUUCACACUGAUUUCACAUUGGUACUCGUUCCGGAGCCGCCUGCUUUUGCACUGCGGCAUGAAAUGGGACAACGAGGGGCAGAAGCGAAGGAUGACGUUAACGCAGGUGCGAGUUCAGGGGAAGAAAUAGCGAGAGAAGGAGGAGGAGGAGGAGGAGGAGGAGGGGGAGGAGGGAGUUCGCUGCGAGAAAGUGACGGCUUGGCAGAGACAUUGCGUCUUCGCACUGAUGCAUGCGCUGAUCAUGCGCUAGCUGUGGCAUGCAGCAGCAGCAGAGACGCUCGGUCAGUUGAAUGUGUCAGAAUUGUCGAUGACGUCAACGGGUUAAAUAUGAAUGAGGGGUCGGUAGAGCCUCCUACCAAGCCGGAGAUCUCGGCGGCCUCCCUCGGUCAUCAGGAAGAGGGAUCACAGACGAGCACGCAAGGUCCGAACUUGGGUGGAAUUCCGGACCGGAUUCCGAACCGGGAUCCUGGCCAGAUACCGAACCGAAAUCCUAGCCAGAUACCUAACUGGAAUCCUGACCAGAAGGAAGCAACAGGGCCGAGUUCACACUUGGCACGAUCAGCUCAUGGCACGAGAUCGUGUGACAGCUCACUGCAGGACGAGCUCGCUGGGAGGCUGAGAGUCUUGAGACCUAGAACUUGUUUACACUGGGAAGAACCGAACGGGAAUCCUGACCGGAAGGAAGCAGCAGGGCCAUGUCCACACUUGGGAGAAUCGGAUGGCACGAGGUUGUGUGACAGCUCACUGCAGGACGACGAGCUCGCUGGGAGGUUGCAAAGAAAGAAACCGAGAACGUGCUCACACUGGGAAGAACCGGACCGGCAUCCUAACUGGAAGGAAGCGCCGGGGCCGCGUUCACACUUGGGAGAAUCCGAUGACACGAGAAUCACGAGAUCGUGUGACAGCUCACUGCAGGACGAGCUCGCUGAGACGUUGCCCAGAAAAAAAACGAGAACGUGUUCACACUGCGAAGAACCCAGUUUUGGAACUUUUGGGCAAUGUCAUAAGCUAUCGAUGCAGGGGGAAGAUUUGCCCGACAACUCAAAGUGGAAACACUGGAAAGGAGUGGAAACACCAAUUCCUGCUGCCACACAACUUGUGGAAACGAGGGAAGAGAUUGAUCAUCAUCAUGGUAUGGAAUCACGAGCACGACAUGCUGGGUGUGUACUCAACUUUGAGGAGCAAAAGGGCGAAGCCCAUCGGAGGGUGCAGGGGGGAGAAGUAGGGGGCUGGGAUCGGGGGGAGGAAGGAGGGAGUGGAAACUUGGGGCCGGAAAAGAUAGGCGAGAGCUCACGGAGCCAAAGAGUGGUUUCCAAGGAGAGUUGUGGGAUUAAAGAAAUGGAUGUGGCGGUGAAAGCGAUUGGCAUAUCACCACAUCGAGAAGACGACAACGAUUCCGAGUCGAGAGGGACCAGAGGAUUGGGGCAGUCGAAAGAAGUGUCACUGAAAGAAAUGGAGGAAGGAAGGGGCAAGUUGGGCAACUGCUCUACAGCUGGAAAAGGGGCAAUUACUCUACACUGUCUAGAGCGGGGAGGUGAUGCUGACAUUGCUGAGAGCGUUUUACUGUUUUUACAGCAGCAGGAAGAAGAGGGAGACGGACUUGUAGGGCAGGGGGAAAGAGUGGAUGUUGUCGAGAGAUCAUACGGAGGAGAACUUGCCAGCCUGGAAGCCAUCGCGCGUUCAAGCCGAGAAGAAGAAGAAGAUGGGCGGAGAAGGUUGCAGCCGGAAGAAGCCGCUGUGACCGCCGUCGUUAUAGAGCUGGGAGAGCGGGGAGAAGGCAGUCUAAGCUCGCACCAGGAAGAGGAGGGAGGGGGCAGUUGCCGCAGUGUGAGAGAGGUAAGAGCGGUAGGGGUUGAGGCCCUUGAGGGAUUACGGAGACGAGAAGAGGACUGCCUGGAAGCGAUUGGGAGGGUAGAUUCUAUGGAACGAGAAGAAGACGAGCAUGGGAGAAAGCUGCAGCUGGGAGAGGGAUGCGGGAAACGCAGUCUGGAGCGGGGAGGGGCAUGUUGGAAAGUUGGUCUGCAGCCGGGAGCGGCAUGCGGGAUAAUCAGUGUGCAUGAGGGAGGGGCAUGCCGGAAAGUCGGUCUGCAUGAGGGAGGGGCAUGCGGGAAAGUCAGUCUGAAUGAGGGAGGGGCAGUCGAGGACGUUGGCCUGCAGGGGGUAGAGGCAUUUGGGGAGGCUAGUCUGCAGCGGCGAGAGCUGGACAACAUGGGUCUGGAAGUGGGUGGUGGUAUUUCCGAGGCUGAAGUAGUCGGUGAGAACUCACCAGAGGGGGAAAUACCCUGUGGGAGCUUGCAGCGGGGCGAAAGAGCGGUUGGGCGUAGACAAGGGGGCGAGCCACAUGGCAGUCCGCUCGUCGUAUUACCUACCGGUGUUGCGGAGGGGGUGGGUUUAUCGAAGGGGAAAGAAGUCACUCUGACGCAGGGAGGAGAACCGCAUAAUAGAAUGGAUGCACUCGUGACCGCAAAGCCGGGGGCAGCUACAGGAGUGAGCUUGUCGCCUGCUUCUUCACCUCGGGGCGAAGUGGCAGAACGAUAUGCAGACGCAGAGGAUGACCAUAGUGCAGGCGUGAGUUCACGUGGAGAAGUAGCAAGAGUAGGAGUAGGAGCAGGAGGAGUAAUAGGAGGAGGAGGAGGACGAGGAGGAGGAGGGAGUUCACUUGGACAAAACCCACUUGAGCCUGCUGCAGAAGUGCAAGAUGCUGGUCUUAGGAAAGGCCCGGCAUCACUUGGGCCUUCACAAGUGCAAGAUCCUGCUGUCACGGAAGGCCCGGCAUCACUUGGGCCUGUGCGCAAGGGUGAGCAUUUGCACAGCGAAGACGUACACGUCGUACCUGCAAGUGUACCGUUGGGAAACCCGGACCCUCUACAACAUGGUGUUCGUCGCCGCCUAAGCCAUCGGAACGGGUGCUCCUCAUAUCACAAGGGAGGACAAGAAGAAGAAGAAGAAGAAGAAGAAGAAGAAGAAGAAGAAGAGGAGGAGGAGGAGGAGGAGGAGGAGGCGGAUCAAAGGAGAAGAGAGGUGGUGGAAGAAGAAUCACCGGGUGGGAAAUGGGCGGACUCCGAGAGAGUGCUACCGAGCUCUGAACAGACUAGGAGGAAGAGGACACGCGCCGUAUGUGACGAUGGUUCGCUCUGUAGAGCAAAGAGGAGGAGACAAGGGAACCGGCCAUCUACUGCAACCACCUCUAUUCUCUCCUCUCCCUCUGUCCUCGCACAUGAAGAGACCGUAUUCCAGUCCCAGAGGAGGGGCAAGCAAUACUCGGAAAUUGAGCGGUGUGAACACUGUCACACGACUGAAGGCACUCCAUUCCAGUCAACGCCAGUUGCAGUCCAGGUCAAAGAACCAGUCCUACGCCAAGUUCCAGGUCCAGCCGCAGAGGGUGACGCAGUGGGAGGGGUGAAAGUGGAGCGAGGCACGCAAGAGCAACUUGAUGACGUCAACAAAACGUUUUGGAAGUCGAUUUCCUCUGCGCUGAGACGUCUCUUGCUGCGGACACGGGAAGGGGUUGACGUCAACAACAAGGGCACACGGUGCCAGCCGUUAUCUGCUGGUGCCAGGGGUAGAAACGAGAAUGAUGAAAUUCGAUGUGAAUUCGAAUUAUUCAACACGGAGAACAGCGUACUGAGUCGGGGACUGCCAGUGGGUCUCGAUCGUCAUCAAGAAUUUGAAAGUUGGAUUUUGCGAAUGGAAGAGAUGGUGGACAAGGUUAUGGGAGAAGAGGAACGGUACCUUCACAAGAUAGAUCAACUAUGGUCUGAACUGCAGGGGACGACGAUGGACCAGGGAGCGACUGGUCGCCGGAAAGCGAUUCAAGCCCUGAGGCGCGCAGUGUCCGCAAGUUUCCAUAGACUUCGCUUUCAAAUCCUUAAGCAUUUCGCAAAAGUCUUUUCAGCGCACAGCACAUCUGCUGGAGGCGUCAGCUGCAGCUCCUCGCCGUUGGAUCGUCCCACACGUGUCACUGAUCCCACAUGUGUUCGAUCGUGGCCCGGUCCAGGAGGGCUUAACAGAGGAGGUGGUCCUGUCAAGAGACUCAAAACUAGUGUAGAACCUGGUCUGCCAGUUGGACCACGUGCAGACCAGAAUCACAGACCUGGAGCAGUUGAACCAGUCUCGGGACAAUAUCUUGGGGCCCAGUGUGGCCCAGCAGGGGUCUAUCUGGCAGCAGGUCCAAAAAGAAGAUGUGGCGUUGUGAAACCUGGUUUUCCAGAACCUAGUCUGCCAGUUAGACCAGGUGCAGGCCAGGAUCAGAGACCAGGAGCAGUUGGACCUGGUUCCAGACGAUAUCUUGGAGCCCAGUGUGGGCCAGCAGGCGCUCAUUUGGCACCAGGUCUGAAACUGCAAGCCCGUUCAGACACGGGUCUGCCGCUGACACAACGCCCAGGACGAGAUCUGAGACCGGGUCCUGCUGGAGACAUUCUGCUGAUGGGACCGGGACCAGUACAUCAAGUUCAUCAACCAGCAGGUCCAGCACCACUGGGCCCGGCGAGACAACAUUUCACACCCAUUUAUACUACAGCUCCUGAAACAGCGGGACUUGGUCUCGGGAGAGGUCCUGAACCAGCGGGACGAGUACGGAGACCAGGGGUGGCUUGCGGUCCUUGGCAACAUACCUGUGAACGAGCUUGGCAACCUGUUGGUGCACAUGCCACGGGUGGGACUGCUCCGGAACUUAACCAAUCAGAAGGUUCACUGAGAUUGGUAUCUGGUCCGGAUUUUGAAGCUUGUUCAGUACCUGGUCUUGGUGGUCUGCCAGUGGAGUUUGAACCUGGUUUGGCACCAGGUGUGGAAACUGGUCAUACCUUUGAACGCAACCUCGAUAGCCUCAGAGAAGGGGUUUCCCGGGUUUCUAAUUGGUUCAUCAACGCCCGUGUGCGAUUGUGGAAGCCGAUGCUGGAGUGUAUUUAUCAAGAAUUGACUGAAGAGCGUCAGCAGCAGGAGACCUGUGGUUCUCGUCAAUUCGACAGAAGACUAUUCUCUGCUAAGAAGCGCAAAAGAGAAUGCCAAAGUUCUUCCUCAGCUACUGUCCAUCCAUUUGCAUCUGCAUCUGAAAAUGAGGCAGACGAUAACGAGGAGGAUGAUGAUGAAGAGGAGGAGGAGGAGGAGGGGGGGGGGGAGGUGCACAUGAAAGAGGAUGAGCAGGAGGACAGGAAAGACGAGGGGGAGGAGGAGGAGAAAGAACACAUUGUCAAGAGGAAUGAGGAGCCUAAGGGGCAGUCCAAGGAGGAGGAAGAAGCGAGAGUGUGGGAUGACGCAGCAGAUGUUUCUGAUAUGCUGGGAUGCUUUACCACGAGACCGGAGAACAAUCUUGGUGUAGCAAUGAUUGGGUUCUGAUGGCCGAGCAUGAGAUUAGUUAAGAGUGGAGUGGUGCCGAUACACCAAAGAAAGACCUCCGGCAAUGCCUUAAGCAAUGAUC